GGCACCCAUCUCUUGAUACUUCUCAUUUCUAGUCAAAGGAAUCCUCAGGCAAAGAACUGGUGGUGCUUGGUGACUCAAAGAGAUUCCCCACAACAACCCUGUACAGUCAUGGACAGUCUUCUAAUGAAGCAAAAGAAAUUUCUCUACCAUUUCAAGAACAUGAGAUGGGCUAAAGGCCGUCAUGAAACUUACCUUUGUUAUGUAGUAAAACAGCGGAAUAGUGCCACAUCCUGCUCCCUGGAUUUUGGAUAUCUGCGUAAUAAGUCAGGUUGCCAUGUUGAAGUUCUCUUCCUACGUUACAUUUCCACUUGGGAUCUGGAUCCAAGACACUGCUAUCGUAUCACUUGGUUCACCUCCUGGAGCCCAUGUUAUGAUUGUGCCCGGCAUGUGGCUGACUUUUUGUGUGCAUAUCCUAAUCUGACACUGCGCAUUUUUGCUGCCCGUUUGUACUUCUGUGAGGAGAGGAAUGCUGAGCCUGAAGGCUUGAGACGUCUACACCGUGCAGGAGCUCAGAUUGCCAUCAUGACCUUCAAAGACUAUUUUUACUGCUGGAACACCUUUGUGGAAAACCGCAAAAAAACCUUCAAAGCCUGGGAAGGGCUUCAUGAAAAUUCUGUGCGUCUUACCAGACAACUCCAGCGUAUUCUUUUGCCUCUUUAUGAAAUUGAUGACCUGCGAGAUGCUUUCCAAAUCCUCGGACUUUAAAUUCCUACUUGGAGAGAAAUGAAGAUGAAAAGAUGUUUUGGGAUCGUCUUCAAUAUCUGACUUUUUCUCCCAGUUCUUUCCCUCCUACCAUAAGUAUCAAAUUCUGAAAAAAGCGUAUUUAAGAAAAAAAUUGCAAGGCCUUUUGAACGAUCUUUUGCAUAUUGGGACUGGGGCUUGCUGUACUCUGUCCUCCAUGGGAAGAAGUCAAUUCUAAUACUAGGAUCUAAUUAAAGCUCCUAGUAUUAAUGAUAGAUGUGGAGGUCAAAUAUUAAACUUUUAAAAUUGCCAAUGUAUUUAGCAUCCACAAAAAACUCUGGGUUUACAUGGAAGAAAAGAUGAAAUUUGAAACCUGAUGCCUUAUUAAACAUUGCACAGAAACUCAUACAUUUCACCAUAUUGUUACUAGUAGAUGCCCACUGUAAAUCUGGCACUGCUGCUUUGGCACUGGAUUUGUGCUUGGUUGUUGUGCCAUGAUUGUAAGACAAAUCACUUUUGGAAGAAAGUAUUUUCAAAGAUACACCACAAGAGCCUUAUACCUUGGAUUAAAUAUAUUAAAUGUGUAGUUAAGUUGUGUUAGAUGUAGAUUUUUCCACGCUAUCUUUUCAAUAAGAACUAAAAAUAGCAACAUUUUUUUCAUGUCUUACAACAUUUACAAUAAUGUUAUCGAAUUGAUUAAUACAAAAAGUAAUACAAAAUCUCUUAACUAAAUAAGGACUUCUGACAACAAAGAAAUUAUUAAUCUUUGGAGAAAAUUACCUUUAUUGAUGAAGAAUAAUUAUUUCUAGAAUAUUGCCUUUAAGUAUAUUCAAUGUAGAGACCACAGGGGCCUCUUCUUCCACAGACCGAGAGAUAAAGGUUUAUUUAUGAUUUCACUAUUAACUGUGCUCUGCAAAUGCUAGGCAAGUGGAGAAGAGCAUUUCAGAGUUUUACUGAAACAAUUUGAGGGGGUUCUGUAAAAAGUGAGAGUAUUAUGUACAAAUAUGUGCAAUGUAAAAUAAAUACAUAUUGCAAUAAGAAUAUUUGAAAGUCAAGCCCUAGUAAAUAU